CGGAGGACACACAGCUGCAAGCUGAGAGUCCCGGCAGGGCUUGACCCAAGGACCCCCCCAGAGCUGGCGGAAGCCGAACCCAGAGCACCACUGGUGGCCCUUUCCCUGGGCCGGGUCAUGCGUUGCCGCAAGUGCCAGCUCUGCCUGUCAGCACUGCUCACACUCCUGGGCCUCAAAGUGUACAUCGAAUGGACAUCCGAGUCCUGGUUUAACAAGGCUGAACCCCGGGGCACCCUGCUCAGUCCCACAUCACACAAUGCUGAGCCCACCCUGCCCAUCAACCUCUCAGCACGCCUGGGUCAGAUUGGUCCACUGUCCUUGGCUUACUGGAACCAGAAGCAGCGGAACCUGGGAGUUCUGCCCAGUACGAACUGUCAGACUUGGGGGACUGUUGCAGCCUCGGAGAUCUUGGACUUCUUGUUGUACCCCCAGGACUUUCAGCGCUUCUUGCUAUCAGCAGCUUGUAGGAGCUUCCCUCUGUGGUUGCCUACAGAGGGAGGCAGCCCAGUGGCCAGCUGCUCUGAUAAGGAUGUCCCCUACCUGCUCCUGGCUGUCAAGUCUGAGCCAGGACACUUUGCAGCACGCCAGGCUGUGAGGGAGACCUGGGGCAGCGCAGUCGCUGGGACCCGGUUGCUCUUCCUGCUGGGGUCCCCACUAGGAAUGGGGGGGCCUGACCUAAGAUCACUGGUGACAUGGGAGAGCCAGCACUACGGUGACCUGCUGCUCUGGGACUUCCUAGACGUUCCCUACAACCGGACACUCAAAGACCUGCUGCUGCUGACCUGGCUGAGCCACCACUGCCCCAAUGUGAAUUUUGUUCUGCAGGUUCAGGAUGAUGCCUUCGUGCAUAUCCCUGCCCUGCUGGAGCACCUGCAGACCCUGCCACCCACCUGGGCUCAUAGCCUCUACCUGGGUGAGGUCUUCACCCAGGCCAAGCCACUCCGCAAGCCUGGCCCUUUCUAUGUGCCAAGGACCUUCUUUGAAGGUGACUACCCAGCAUAUGCAAGUGGAGGUGGUUAUGUCAUCUCAGGACGCCUGGCCCCCUGGCUGCUGCAGGCAGCAGCCCGUGUGGUGCCUUUCCCCUUUGAUGAUGUCUACACUGGCUUCUGCUUCCGUGCCCUGGGCUUAGUGCCCCGUGCCCAUCCAGGAUUCCUCACAGCCUGGCCAGCAGAUCGUACCAGGGACCCCUGCACAAUACGAGGCCUGCUGCUGGUGCAUCCGGUCAGCCCCCAGGACACUAUUAGGCUCUGGAAACACCUGUGGGGUCCAGAGCUCCAAUGCUGAGCCUCAGAGACAAGCUAGAGUGGGGGUGGGGAUGAUGAGCUGUCCUGAGACCCUCCUAAACCCUUCCCAGUCAAGAACUGGACAGGCCAGACAAGAUGGCAAACUGCGCUCACCUACUUUCAAAUUUGAAAAUGAUGUCCUCCCUACUAUGAGGCCAGGAGUUAUUUUUUUCAUAUGUGGGACCCCUGCAGGGAAGGCAGAUGUUGUUGCACCCUAAACCUUCACACUGGACACUUUGCUGGACAGCAAUCUUGUACCAAGCUAUGAGAGAGCUCUGGAGAGCACAUGUACCAAAGCUGCCUUCCAGCUUGGGAAAGUUUAUAGAAGUCGGGAUCUAUAAGUGAACAAAAGCCUUUAGCUUUUCUGC